AUGUAUGUGAGGCCGCAUAACCACGACGGAGGCUCUCACCAGGGAUCCUCUAUCAACGGAGACGGCCGAUCAUCCAAAACAACGUUCCAAUAUGGUAAUAUCAGCCAUACUGAUCGGAACUUGCGAUAUUAUCUCACAAUGAUAAUGAAGCGCCAAAAACUCUAUGGCAAGUUAGACAAAGAACUCAUACGGCUUAUUUUGCGCGACGGACCGCAAGCAGAGUCGCAGAACAUGAGCUUAAUCAUCAAGACUCUUUGGAAUGAAAUUGGCAUACAGCUAGCUGAACGAGAAGUAACAGCUCAGUACAUAAGAUCAUCUUCGGCUGCAAAGCGAGCAUAUGCAGAGCGCUUAGCGUGGUUUCUCUUAUUGCGGACCCGCUUUAUCGGACUACUCUCUGCGCGAGAUCAAUAUGUGCGCCGCAUUCGCAGCAUGGUGAAUAGUGGAGGAAUACUGCGUCGAAGCUUUAUUACAAGCUUUGAUGAGAUACGCCUCAUCACACUAGCGUUGAUUGAGAUCUGUUUAAAGAUCUAUAUAUGCACUGGAAAGAGGCAUGAGCCGUACAAGCUUGGCUUCGAUGCUCCCCGGGGCCAGGAUAUCCUGGGGGCCAUUUUGGCUGAGGAGCUCUUCAAUCCAGAUAUCAUGACAUAUAUCUCCGAGAAGUAUAUAGAUAGACCUGAUUUGAUUGAGAAGUUUGUUAUAACCGCUACCGACCGCUCCACUAUUCCCGACGAUAAUACUAUGAACAAAACCCUCAAUCUUAGUGAUCUGUCGCCGCCUCCGCGGACGAUGGCCUCUCCUUCCCAGAAUCCUCGCGACAAACUGGUUGAUUCUUACCACAUCCAUGAUAUUUAUGAGCUAGACCUAUCAUCCCACGAUUCUCGAGCUGAGAAAACUGUAGCUAUGCUUCUCAACGUUUCUGCAACAUUGACUCAACUGCUAGAACUUCCAUGCACGAUGGAAAGCUUAGCUUCGUUAAUGUUUCUAACUGGGGCCAGGCCGGCCAAUAUACAGUCACACGUUGGAUCAGACUUGAUACAGGUGUUCGGUAACCUUAUGCCAGGAGCGCUGGUCGACCCGGCACGUUAUAUAGAGGCUUCUCCAGAUCAGACAAUAGACGCAUUAUUAGAGUAUUUUUCAGGGCAUAAGAGAUUGACACGAUAUUUGAUGCCAUAUCCGCAUACAUCUGAGUUUGUUCGGCGUCGAGCCGCGUCCUUAGACCAGUACUUUGUUUUCUCCUUGCUCAUCUUUGAUAAGUUCCGCCACAAUGCAGAAGCAGAGUGUCAGCGGCGCAUGAGCGACGCCCAUGCAGCAAUCUCUCCGCUGGAUAAGUAUCCCAAAUCCCGGUCUAGUUCACGGCAGCAUAAAUCUGUUUAUAGUCGAGCAAUUUCUGCACAUAAGAAGGAAAAUAGUCUGCAGGUGCAGAACAUGCUUAACAAUGAGCUGUUUUACUCCCAAAAUCACGAUGUCCACUCCACUCAGUCGUCCUUUAUAUCUCCCUCCAUCAAUGCUCAGCAGCAGCCAAAAAGAGCAGCAUCAUCUUGCAAGCCCCGUACAAAGCAGCCUGCGAAGUCUUCACAUAGGUCCCGUGCCCCCUUGCGGACUCAGGACACUGAGUCCCGUAGCGUUUCUACCCGUGUCUCGAAACAAUAUACACCCCAGUUAGGGACUCAAAAUAAGCCACGGUCGACGACGCGAUCAGCUUCUACUGCUAAAAAGCCCGCCCGGUCAGGCUCUACUCAGAGUGGUAAGGCCGGCAAGCGAAAGCUUCUCGAAGCUCGCCGGCCGUCUGCUGUUAUAGCCGGCGAGUAUGUCGGCACGUCCAACGCAUAUGUGGUGCAUCCCCCUCCCAAGUACUAUCCUAUGAGUACCUCGAGAUCUGGAAGUCCAUCACUCAAAGGAGAGUCUCCCACAACCAAGAACCUUAAACUAGACGAGAUUUCUCCGACAAGAAAGAGCGUUCAACACAUGUCACUAGAAGAAGACCAACACGCUGAUGCUUCUAGCAAAGAUGUGCAAGAUCACAACACUAACGAUACACCAGAUGCACAUUGUAUUGAUAAAACCCCCGGUCUUACAAAUAGCCUAGUUAGUGAUCAUAUAUUCCCUGAUUGUGCGCAGACGCCAUCUGAGGAGUGUGCUCAGCAGACGCCUGCUGUUGGUAGUGUUGUUCAUAAUGCUGAACCUUUCCACAAUGGAGAGGAUCUUCAAGAUCACUUGGAUGUAGAACCUCAGAAACUUGCGGUAACUGAUUUUCAGCCAGCGAAGGAGUAUGAAGCUAAUACGGUAGAUUACGUAGCGUCUUCUAUUCAGGAGUCUGCAGAUGGCGCUGAUUCUCUUCAGGUUCAUAAUCUAGAGAUUUACCCGGACAACUUGCAGGAUUUGGCUCCUCAAGAUUUGAUGGAAGCUGAUGCACCGGAAGAGACAUACGAGGUGCCUGCUGAUUUCGAAUCAACGGACGAACAGCCGCUGGAGCUGCAAUGUGAUGCUAAGGCUUCAUCCGAGCAAGAAUACGACUUGAACGACUUUGCUCAGGAGGCCCCGGGCUCUCUUGACAUUGCUGUUGAAAGUGAGGAGAAUGUGUUUGAUGAGAUAGGUGAGCCUGCAGAGGAGGCGAUAGUGGAAGAUGGCAGGCUGCGGCAUACAGAAAUGAAUGUCAACGUAGUUAUCGAUGGGCGACCAGUCAGUCGUGGCAUAGGACGAUCUGUGACGCGGGCACAACCUGUUAGGAAUCAGGAUCAAACCGUUUCCCCUCCUGAGAAAACUGAUAAAGAGGAAGAGCAAUACCAAGAUGAUUUUUCUGAUGGAAAUGAUGACGCCCCGGGAGUUUCCCUUGGGCUCAACGACACAGGUGCAGACUUUGACGAUUUCGAGGCAUUUUGA